GGGCCCUCAUUAAAGUCUACCUGGCAGAGGGAGGGAUUCAGCCGGGAAUGUGUGUGACCUGUUGCGCGGCCACUCGAACUUUUCCCAUUCCUUGUUAUCAUUCCAAGUGCUGGGAGCUGUGAUUCCUUUUCUCUUCUCUCUGGGCCCCUCUCUGACUUGGGCAGGGUUCCCAGUGUGCUGGGGGCAUCUGAGUGGCCUUUCCCCUUCCUCACCCUCUGCGAGGAGACCAAGUGCAGCCAACAGACAGCCCGCAGAGGAGACUAGAAGCAACGGCUCAGAGGUACAAGAAGGAGGAGUACAAACCAUGCCACUGACUAACACAAGAGAAAGUGAGGAGCAGGCUGGGUUGGACGCUGUCCUGGAAGCAGGCCAGUCCACAUCCAAAGAGGCCAAGCCACCAGAACCUGGUUGCUUAAAGGAAGUGAUGGAUGAAGAAGAGAAGGACAGGUUAAAGAGGGCAUCCCGGAACAAGUCAGAAAAGAAAAGGAGAGAUCAGUUCAAUGUUCUCAUUCAAGAGCUUUGCAGCAUGCUUCAGGGGCAAGGCCAGCCCAUCAAGAUGGAUAAGGCUACCAUAUUACAGAAGACCAUUGACUUUUUACACAAGCAGAAAGAAAAGGAAACCCAGGCACAAGCUGCUGGUGCCAGAGGGGCCUGGAAACCAUCAAUUCUUAGCAAUGAGGAAUUUACACAGUUGAUGUUUGAGGCAUUGGAUGAGUUUCUGAUUGCCCUGACCACCGAGGGAAUAAUUAUUUAUGUAUCUGAUAAUGUCUCUUCUCUGCUGGGCCAUCUACCGUCAGAGCUGGUAUGCCAGAAUAUAUUAACCCUUCUCCCUGAGCAAGAGCACAAGGAAGUCUUCAAGAUACUCUCUCCACAGACAAUCCUGCCAGCCCCUGUCACUGCUGAUUUUCUAAAUGAAAAACAAAUUGAGUUUUCCUGCCAUUUAGCAAGAGGAAGGGUGAACCCUAAUGAUCCUGUGAUUUAUGAAUCUGUGAAAAUUUUUGUGGAUUUUAAAUACCUUUCUCAUGUGCCUGUACCAUCCUGCAGCGACUUUGAGUCUGUGGUUGCCAAGGCAUUCAAGUCUGCCGCGGAUGAUCCACUUUGUCUGGUAGCAACGGUUCGCCUCAACUCACCCCAGCUUUUAAAGGAAGUUUGCACUGUAGAAGAACCUGGUGAAGAAUUUACCUCAAGACAUAGUUUGGAGUGGAAGUUUCUCUUCUUGGACCAUAGAGCCCCACCCAUCAUAGGUUACCUACCCUUUGAGGUGCUGGGAACGUCAGGCUAUGACUAUUACCACGCCGAUGACUUGGAGCCUCUCGCCAGGUGCCACGAACAAUUGAUGCAGUUUGGAAAAGGAAAGUCCUGUUACUAUCGCUUCCUGACAAAAGGCCAGCAGUGGAUUUGGCUGCAAACUCACUACUACAUCACUUAUCACCAGUGGAAUUCCAAGCCUGAAUUCAUUGUUUGCACACACACUGUAGUUAGUUAUGCCCAGAUUCAGGCUGAAAGAAGAAAAGAACUUGGCCUUGAAGAGCCAUCGGCAACAGAAAUGGCCACUGUACCCUUCAAGAGCUCUGACAAUUUCACGGAUAUCUCUCAGUGUGGAAACAGCCUGGACGUGAGUAGAGAGAGAGCAUCUGGGUCAUCCCAUGGUUCCUGUAGGCCAUCCCUCUCGGUCCUGUCCAAUUCAGCCUGUAUGUAUUCUGCAAGGUUGACACAGUGUUGCCCAAGAAAUCAGAAUUUACAAACCAAACUGUCACUGCCGCCCAGAAGAGCCAGCAAGGCGCCGGUGAGGUGGGCUCUGCCCAUGGACCAACCAGCUAAGACAUUUGAUAAGGCAUUCUCCAGGGAGGUAGCCAGCAGCAGCAACAGCAGCAGCAGCAGCAGCAGCAGCAGCCAGGGCCUGCAGUUUCCUCAGACCUUCACUGAGCAUCUUGCCAGACACCUUGUGGCCUCAAGGAAAAUGCCCAUGGUAUCCUCUCAACCAGAAGCUAUGCCUCUACUCCCCUCUCCAGAGGAGCUUGGGGUGGUGCAGCAGCUCAAGGAAGACCUGAAAGGACAAACUCGGGCAUUACAGGCUGACAUCGAAACCCAGAAGCAGGAGCUCCAUGCAAUCAAGGACUGUCUGCAGACUGUGCAAGAUCCUGACUUCCAAACACGUCAAGGGACGCUCGGCUCCUUUCCAGCAAAGACAACAUCUGGCCUGCACCCCGAAGAGAGCACAUCUCUUUCCUUGGCACUGCCUAUGCCGUUACAGCCACCUGCACCAUUGAACUUCAAGCUUCCCAAGCCCCUGAAACCAAAAAAGGCAUCCCAGCGGCGAACUAAAGUACCCAAGACAGCAACAAAAUCCCAGCCUAAUUUCGUGGAGCCCAAACCUUACAGAAGCUCAACUAUACCUUCAGUCCAGUACCUUGGGGAGCCUUGCAUUUCUCCCAGCCAGCAACAGCAGCAGCAGCAUCAUGUGAUAAAUGAAAAUGAGAUACAAGAAAUAUGUGUGCAAGAGAACACUAGCAUCUCCAUGCCUCUCUAUGGUGACCCCAUGUUGUUUUCUGAGACAUACUCCAUCACAGUUUCAGCCGAACUGCCCAUUGAUUUCAUUCAACAGCCGAUUGAGUAUGAACAAGACAUCACCCUUGGGUUUCUCCAGGAUGAUCGGCUUCUGCCUUCUCCUUCAGCAUUUACUCCCGCCAUGUUCAUUCCCACCACUGACUUAGCCAUCCUCGACACACAGCAGCUCCCUGUCCAUCAGUGGCAGCCACCCCAGGUCCCCCAGAGUGAGGUCUGCCUUCAGAUUCAUACUCCUGAGGCAGUCCAGGGAAGUCAGUCUCCAGGGAUUUGCCAGGCACCCCAAGUAUUACAGUCACCCUCCAUGGGCUGUUUCCUGAAUCCUCAGCAGCCCAACACAGAGCUGUCCGACAUAUAGGCUCCAUGAGAGCCAGGGCUGUGGUGACAAGAGGCUAGAGCCCAUGGAAAAGCGAGUCAAGGGGAACAGAAGCUCCUGGAGCAGAAGAACCAGCCCAGAAAG